UCGCAGGUCGUUUUCUGCUAGUUCUUCAUCCACACAAGCCAAACAACACAGUGACAGGCCUGCUCUGGGCGGCCUGCUGUCGUCCUCGUACCGGCAGCAUCAGGAGUCUCUGGCGGCGGAGAGAGAGAGACGGCGUGUGGAGCGAGAGGAGCGACUGCAGCGCAUCGAGAGAGAGGAGCGCAACCGACACAGUCGGGACUAUGUGUCGAACAUGGAGGAGGCCAGACACGCUCGAGAGGAGAGGUUUCGGACGGCCGAGCGACUGGCGGCAGAGGAGUUCGAGCGAGAGCGAAUGCGUUCAGCGGCUCGAGGUCUCAGCCUCACUCUGAGUCCGACAGACACCUGUCAAUCAUCCCGCAGUGCCACGCCCUCCUCUGUGACAUCACAGGACGAGCAGGACACGCCCAUCACGUCGUACCCGCCCUCUGAACCAGACACUAAUGAUCUAGAACCGGAUGUGGAGGCCAAUCUAGAACCCGAGGAGACGGACGCAGAAGCCAGAGAAGAACAGGAAGAGGAAGUGGAGGAGAUACGUGCUGAACAGGAAGUGGGCGGAGCCGAGGAGCGGGCGGAAGAGGAAGAGGAGGGGUCUGAACGGGAAGCGCCGGAUGGAGAAGCGGAGGACAGUGGCAUCUUGAGUGAUAAAGAACGACAGAACGAAGAAGUGAACGAGAAGGACAACUGCUCCGCCUCCAGUAUAUCCUCAGCCAGCAGCACACUGGAAAGAGAAGAUGGACUCAAUGCAGGCGGCGCAGAGACAGGUCAGUGGUCAGCUCAGAGCGUCAGCAACGAACAACGAAACAAGAUCCUCAACAGCAAACUCUUCAUGCUGGACAUGCUCUACUCGCAGAACAAAAAACCCUCGGAGGAAGACGAGGACGAAGACGAGCUGGCCGAGGACAAAGAUGCAAAAGAAAAGGCUGAGGAUUCGUCUCAGGACGCGCCGCCACGGGAAGAGAACGCCGCUAAGAGUGAAGGAGACAAGAAAGUGGAGAACCAGAGCAACGUGCGGGCGUUCGCAGAGCGCUUCGGUGACAUAGUGAAGGGUCUCACCUCUCCACCAAUAGAAACGCAGGAACCUCCUCCUCCACUACCGCCUCCGAAGAAGGAGUCGGAAUCCAUCUGGGACCAGCUGAUGGCGAAUCCGCGGGAUCUGCGCAUCGGCGACAUCGACUUCACCGAUCUGGGAGACGAGGAUGACGAGGACGCGCUGGACUCUGGGAGUUUAUAUAACUCCGGCGAUCUGCUGGCUCCGCCCCCUCCACCACCGUCCUGCCCCUUUAACCUCCCGGCCCUGCCCCCUUUGUUCGGCUGCCCUCCGCCCCCUCCCAUGUUCAGCAUCCGCGUGCCUCCGCCCCCUCCCUGCUUUUCCAUCCAGGCUCCGCCCCCUCCUCAGCAGCAGGCGGAGCAACCUCCACUCUUCCAGAAGAGGAAGAAGACCAUCCGCUUGUUCUGGAAACCUGUCAAACUUGACACGGCUAAACUUGAACACCUGUUUGAAAGCAAAUCCAAAGAGAUACCCGUGACUAAGAAAACGGCGGCGGAUGGGAAGCGGCAGGAGAUCAUCAUUCUGGACUCCAAACGCAGCAACUCCAUCAACAUCGGUCUGACGGUUCUUCCACCGCCACGCACCAUCAAAACCGCCAUACUGAGCUUUGACGAGUAUGCGCUCAACAAAGAGGGCAUUGAGAAAAUCCUGACGAUGAUUCCCACAGAGGAAGAGACGCAGAAGAUCCAGGAGGCUCAGCUGGUGAAUCCUGACAUUCCGCUGGGCAGCGCGGAGCAGUUCCUGCUGACGCUGUCCUCCAUCAGCGAGCUCUCAGCACGCCUGCAACUCUGGGCCUUCAAACUUGACUAUGAAGCCACCGAGAAGGAAGUGGCCGAGCCGCUACAGGACCUGAAGGAGGGCAUGGAUCAGCUGGAGAAGAACAAAACGCUGCGCUUCAUCUUAUCGACUCUGCUGGCGAUUGGAAACCUCCUGAACGGCUCCAACGCCAAAGGCUUCGAUCUGACGUAUCUGGAGAAGGUUCCUGAAGUGAAGGACACGGUUCAUAAGCAGUCGCUCCUGCAUCACGUCUGCAGUGUCGUGGUGGAGAACUUCCCCGACGGCACAGACCUGUACUCUGAGAUCGGCGCCGUCACGCGCUCCGCUAAGGUGGACUUCGACCAGCUGCAGGAGACUCUGGCUCAGAUGGAGUGGCGCUGCAAAGCAUCAUGGGACCACCUGAAAGUCAUCGCAAAGCACGAGAUGAAGCCGGCGCUGAAGCAGAAGAUGUCGGACUUCCUGAAGGACUGCGCCGAGAGAAUCAUCAUCCUCAAAACUGUCCACCGCAGGAUCAUGAGCAGGUUUCACUGGUUUCUGCUGUUCCUGGGUCAGCCGGCGUACAGCGCUCGUGAGGUCAGCGUGACUCGGUUCAGUAAGCUCCUCAGUGAGUUCGCUCUGGAGUACCGCACCACUCGCGAGCGCGUCCUGCAGCAGAGACAGAAGCGCGCCGAUCACAGAGAGAGGAACAAGACGCGAGGGAAGAUGAUCACAGACCUCAGCACACAGACGGAUGAUGAAGAGGACAGUGAGGCGGGUCGUGUGUGUGUGAGCAGUGGCGGCAGCAGCAGUACCGCUCCCGCUGUCGGGCCGCAUACAGAGCCGCAGGGUUUGUGUCACGCUAAGGACACAGCUGAACACGAGCAGAUGAAGGCCGUGCUGAAGAGUAGCCUGCAGAGAGGAGACAGCGAUAGCACCAGCACCAGCACCGGGAUGACGGGCCUGAGGACGCGCACACGCACACCCGCCAGCAGAGGCCGCAGCGCUUGGGCAGCAGGGAACGAAGAGACGGACGACGCUGCAGACGACAUCAUGGAGAGAAUCGUACGAUCCGCCACCCAGAGUCCCAGAGAACGAGCGCAGCCCCGCGAGCGACGCCGCUCUCGCGCAAACCGCAAGUCAUUGAGGAGGACUCUGAAGGGCGGUCUGACCGCAGAAGAAGCUCAAGCGCUGGGAUUGGACACGACCGAAGCACACUGACGCGUUCGCCUUCAGCAGAGCUCAUCUCAGGACAACAGAAUCAGUCAAAACAUGUUUUAGAUCACGAAACGGAAGCUUUUCACCCACCAUAAAUACAGCAAAGCUCCGCCUCCAUUGUGUGUGUGUGUGUGUUUGAUUCUAAGCCACGCCCCCUCAUUACAUACACAGCUCACCAGCCAAUCACAGGCCGCCACUGUGAUGAUGUACAAUCCCUUUACAGAAGCGUGUUCAGGUUUCUCUCCGACUGAACGCUCUUUGAAUUAUUUCUAUUAAUGGUGAAAUGUCACUUGAUUCACUUUAUGAGUCAGAUCAGUGAAACUGUGCUCUGAUACUUUGGAUUAUUUAUUGUAAAAUGUGCAACAUGAAGGUACAACUUUAUAAGAGACAUUAAAUGUGUUUAUUUUUUAAAUCCUACAAUUCUAGAUGUGGUUUUCGGACGGUGGAACACCUUUAAAACACACAGACUCAGUGACUUUUUUUGUUAAAAUCAACACAGUUGGAUUUACUAAAAGUGCAGUUCAGUUUUGUAUCUUUUGUCAUAUUGCCAUGUUUUAACCCUCUUCACGCAUUCAGGCCUGUUUUGACCUGGAAGACAUACAUAAACGUUUCUAAACAAUGCAGGGUUUCUUGUACGUGAACGAAACUUCGCAGAUGCUUUAAGACACUCAAAAUACACAUCAUUUAUUUUUUUCAGAUUUUUUACAGUUAUUUUUUAAGAGAUAUAGCCUGUUUCG